UAAUAUCACAACACCGAAUUAAUAUUUAUUUUUAUAAUAUUUUCAAACAUUUUAAACUCAAUGUGUGAAGUAUUUAGUGGCAAUCACUCUUAUAUUCAUUGUAAUGGAUUCGUAAAUGGUAUUCAAAUUUUCCUGUAAAUUUUUAAUAAUUUUAAUUUUCACAAAUAAGUCAAAAUGUUUUGACUACACCGAUGAUGAAUCCAAGUUAGAAGAAUCCGUUUUAAAUGGUUACUUAUCAGAGUGUAGACUAAGUGCACAGGAUUCUACAUUCCCCUGCCUGAGGCAGAAACUUAUUAACCAUAAUGUCGAAUACUCUGGAGAAUAUUCAUGUAAUUUAUACACAACAUACUACCUUUGGCUUAUUUCCUUGACGAAUCUAUCACCUAACACUGUAAUAUAUAAUGAAGUACCCUUAGAGGCUUAUCAGUCACAUUUGUACAGGAAUAAUUACAUUAAAGAACCCAAAUUCGCUCCUUUGUACUAUAAAAUUAAGUUUAAUGACUUUUAUACUCAUUUGAGAAAGUAUAUCCACGAAGAUGUAAACGGUACACACUCAAAUUUAUAUACUCGUUUGAAUAAAAUAUUCAAUACUCCGACGAUAGUUUUAGAAGCCAAAUCGUCAUACACUUCAGUUUAUGAUGAGAGUAUCGAUUUAAAACUAAUAGGAGAUAAUAUAAACUAUGUUGACUCAUACACUAAAUCUUUCCUGUUGUUUGUUGAUUAUUAUCUCUUCAUGCCCUUGAAAAGAAGCGCAUAUAGGAUAAAAUUUCUAAACUCUUGUCCAAAUCUUUACAAAUUAAGGUUGUUCUUACACUCGAAGUCAUAUUUUAGAGGAUUUAAAAGGCAUAAAAAACUUAUUUUGGACAAACCAAGGUUAAUAAAAUAUGUAUAUCUAGUCAAGUAUUUUAAUAUAUACAAUAGGGAUACGAAUGAUAUGAUUCAAUCAAGUGACAGUGAGAUGACACCAUUUAUUCCUUUACCAGUUCAUAGUAAUGGUGACAGGAUGGGAGAUUUGCCAUUAUUUGCAACAUCUGUAGACCAAAGAUUUUACAUACUAAUAGAAAAUAUCAUCAGAAAACUACCUGAAGUCAAUAGGAAAAUAGUACACAUAUUUGAACUUUUGGAAAAGUUCGUGGAGAAGUUGUAUAAAGUGUCAGAUUUAAGAACAAUACCCACAUUGGAUAGCUUCUAUAUACUUGAAGUAACACCAAAAUCGACAGGAAUCACGUUGUAUAACAUGUUCACACCAAAAGAAAGGAAGUUAAUACUGGAUUAUAAAGAUAGCAUAUUAGUAUCAUCGCAUGUUUCCAAAUUAGAUUUUGACCAUUUCAUACUACAAAUCGUUAAAAAAUUCAUAAUAACAACACCAAUUGUUGUGAUAUUUACAAUUGUGAUUUUUAAAUAUAUCAACACAUUUGGAAAAUAAACACAUCCGAACUUUUUAAAAUAAUAUAAUAAUGGUGUAAGCUAUUUAUUUCAGCAUAUAACUGAGUAAUGUGUUUAAAUAUCCAAUAAUGGUAUGGAUGUUAA